UAACCGUUGGCAAACUAUGCCGCCAUCUUGGUAGGCCAAAACUGGCUUCAAAAAUUUUUCCGAAUGCGCUAUCCAGUUAUUAUUUUGAGAUCAGUGGUAUUCUAUAUUUUUAUACAUGAUAUAGUUUUGUAAAAUCUCUAUAUUUGCACUGAUGGAUUUAAAAGAAAAAUUUGAUGUUUUUAAUAAAAGUGAUCUUGAUCAUCAAACAAGCGUUAGUUUUAUAUUAAAUCGGAUUGCAAAAAGUAGUGUUAUCGUAAAAAGUCAACAAAAAGAUGAACCUGAUUUAUGUUUUGAUGAUAGAUUAGUAUUAAUCAAAGAUAUUUAUGAAAAAUCCAAAACUAAUUUUGUUUUGAAAUUUGGACGUUUUCUUUUAUUAGAAGAACUCUGUAUGCUUGAAGAAGAUAAUAAUUCUGAGUUAACAUUAUGUUUAAAAAAUUUGAAAUGCAUGGUUGAUAAAACGCAAAUAAAAAAUCGAAGAUACAUUUAUAUGAAAGAUAUUUUGAUGAAAGACGGUUUUUUCAACGAUGCUGAAUUGCAGCAGAGAAAUCCAUUACUAUAUAAACAUUAUGUAGAAAAUUAUAAAAUCAGGAAUAUCAGUGAUCAACAAAGUUUUUCAUCUUUUUUAUUUGAAAAAAUGGAUAAUGAUUGGUAUAACUUUCGUUGCGAUGUUGAAUCUAAAAUUUAUGAAAAUGCUGAAGAAGAGGAAGAGAAUAGUGAUGAUGACUUAAAUAUUGAACUUAAGAAAUAUAUAGAAGAUGGCAGUUUAGUUUCUGAUAAAGAAAAAUCUCAAAUGCAACAGGAGUUUUUUUCUUUUAUGGAAAAUAGAUUUUUAAGUGGAGAAGAUGACUUUGAUUACAGUAAUGUUGAUUUAAAUGUUAUGCAUUGUGAUAGUAUUGGCGAUCAAGAUUUAGAAGAUCAAUAUUUUGAUGCUGAAGAUCCAGAUUAACUCUUAAAAUUUUCACACAUGUCAAAAUUAUAUUUUCAUGGUUCAGUAUACAUUGUUAUAAGUUUGUAAGGUUUGUAUUUAACAUCAUUGCAAUAUUACAUAUUUAUAAUCGAA